AUGAGAGGAGUCGGGGCGAAGAAGCUCACGCCGCUGGCCCUGGCCAUCGUCUUCCCACAGUUCCACCCGAUCCCCGAAAAUGACCGCCUCUGGGGCGUCAACUUCACCGAGUGGACCCUCCUGCGGCCCAUGCCGCGCCGCGUGAUCGACCAGAUCGUCUACAAGCCCCACCCUGACCUGGGCUACUACAACCUGCUGGACUUUGACCACCGGCGGUUCAUGCGCGUGCUGGCCGACCAGUACGGCAUCCACGGCUUCUGCUUUUACCACUUCUGGUUCAAGGACCGCCCCGGAAGCCGUUCGUCCUCUGCUGGGCCAACUCCAACUGGACUCGCACCUGGCACGGGAGCAGACAACGAGGUCAUCCUCGAGCAGGACUACUCUGACCGCGAGGGCAACAUCAAGCACUUCAACCACCUGCUGCCCAUGUUCCGCCACAAGCUCUACAUCCGCAUCAACGACCGGCCCGUGUUCCUCAUCUACCGCGUCGACCCCAAAGAUGCCCAGGCCAUCGCCGGCAUCAUGGAGCUGUGGCAGGAGCUGGCCGUCGAGGCCGGCCUGCCCGGCAUCCACUUCAUGCGCUUCAACGGACCCUACGUCUGGGCCGACUCGCCCACCUUCGCCGGCUACGCCCAGUUCGAGCCGGGCUUCUCCACGGGGUACUCGGGUCAGUGGAAUGCUCCCCGCGAGAAGACAGGUCGAUUCACCGGGUUUCAGCUCUUGGACACCCCGACCCUGUGGGCGGCUGCCGAACAGCGCGCCUUCCCGCGGGUGGCCGGCCUGCAGCAGUUCUUCCGCGGCGCCUUCCUCCGCUGGAGCAACGCCCCGCGGCGCAACUGGACCAACGGCAACCACUACGCCUACCCCAUGCGGCACCUGCGGCGCGUGUACGACCUGGCGGCCAACGACGGCGCCACCGUCACCGGGCCGGAGCACUUUGUGUUCCUCACCUCGUGGAACGAAUGGAACGAGCAGUCGGCGCUCGAGCCCAACGACAUCGACGGCUACGACGCUCUGAUGGCCGUCAAGCGCGUGUUCAAGCCUCACACGGGCAAGACCGUCGUCCACCUGGGCCACACCGGCGGAGAGACCGGGGUCUUCACGCGGGACCUCUUCAAAAUGUUCCCCGAGUACAACCACACCUGGAUACAGGACAGCAACCUGCCGCCGCCCGCGCCCAACAUCGUGCUGCUGCACAUCCACAGCGCCAUGGUGCGCGAGGGUCCGCGCUGGGGCAUCCUCGGCCUCGUGAAGACCUAUCGCGUUCGCAAGGUCCCGAUCCUGCUCACCAUUCACGACUACCAGUGGCUCUUCCCCGAGAAUCCCAACCCGGAGCUGAGCGUGCUGGAGACGGUCGAGCCCGACCCGGGCAACGUGAAGAACACGACGGAGCUGUUCAGGGCGGUGGACAAGGUGACCUUCCCCGACCGCUCGGUGUACGACUACUACCGCUCCAAGAUCGGCGAGAAGCGCUGGGACGAGAACACGAUAGAGCUGGUGCCGCACAGCUGCCUCCUCGCCCACAGCGACCGCUACUUCGUGGCGCCCGUGGAGAACAACACGAUCAACAUCGCCUUCGUGGGCCAGUUCGACGGCUACAAGGGCGGCGGCCUGUUCUGCAGCCUGUCGGGGAGCACCGCACUGCAGGAGAAGCACAGCCCGCUCACCCUCCGCUACCACCAGUUCGGCGUCAGCUCGCGGGCCUGGAGGGAAAACUGCACCAGCCCCAUCAUCUUCCACGACAAGUACGACAACCACAGGCUCGAGUCGAUACUGCAGGAGAACAAGAUCCACAUCAUCACCUUCCUCUCGCUCUUCCCCGAGACCUUCUCCCACGUCCUGACCAGGCUUCUGCGGGCCGGCAUCCCGCUGGUCUAUCUCAAUCGCGGCGCGCUCACCUACCGCCUGGCGGGGGUGAAGCACACCUUCCCUGUCGAGGGGCACGAGCUGGCGGGCGUGGAGGCCGGCGUGUCGCGUGCGGUGGAGUUCGUCCUGAAGCGCCAGGGCACCGACAUGACCCUGCGUGAGCUGAGCCCGCACGUGCAGCCCGCCAAGUGGUACCUGCUCAACUACCCUGUGCCCGCUGCUUGA